AAUUAACUGGCUUUAGUAACAGCCAUGAAUUGUAUCUUCCCUUUCUCUCAGGCUCAUGGCCCUUCUUCUCUCCUCCUCUCUACACCCUCCAACCUCUCCUUUAAACCCCAAACUCAACUCUCUUAGCACUCCACUUCCGAACGCUGUCGUUACCAAGAGACAACUUAUCAUUAAUACAACUACUUCCUUCUCCAUCAUUUUUGGGGUCCAACAAAACCCAGUUCCACAAUGUUUAGCUCAACCUUCUAAUCCUUCCAAACCGUCGGUUUUGAACAUCGCAAACACCAAAGCUUGGUUCCAGUUCUAUGGUGAUGGUUUUGCCAUCAGGGUUCCUCCUGAGUUUGAAGACAUCAUGGAGCCUGAGGAUUUCAAUGCUGGAGCUUCCCUGUAUGGGGACAAGGCAAAGCCGAGGCCUUUUGCGGCACGAUUUGCUUCAACCGAUGGAUCCGAGGUUUUGAGUGUUGUCAUUCGCCCGACCAAUCAACUCAAAAUCACCUUCCUAGAGGCCCAAGAUAUUACAGAUUUAGGUUCCAUAAAGGACGCAGCUAAAAUCUUUGUACCAGGUGGAGCAACACUUUAUAAUGCCAGAACCAUAAAGAUAAAGGAAGAUGAAGGUUUCAAGACUUACUAUUUCUAUGAAUUUGGAAGAGAUGAGCAGCACAUCGCGAUAAUGGCCGCCGUUAAUGGUGGAAAGGCCAUCAUUGCUGGUACAACUGCUCCACAAUCGAAGUGGGAUGAUGAUGGAGUGAAGCUUCGGUCUGCAGCAAUCUCAUUGACAGUUCUGUAGUCCAUGGCAUAAAGGCAGGCUUUACAUCUGCUUUGGCCCUAUGAUCUUCUCAAUGUUAACCUUAUUGCACAUUGGGUUGACGAGACAUCUUGGAAACAAUCACUGGAGAACUUCAUUGGACAUUCCAGAAGUUUACAACAGCAGAAAGUUUUGAUGGAAUAUAAUUAAUCCCUUUUAUUUGUUUAUACAUUUGAUCACCAAUAAGCACAGUUAUGAUGGCUCAAAAGUUAAAUAAGAUUUGUUAAGAACUAAUUGGCAUUUAUUUCAAGUUUUAAAUGAACCACAUAUCUUAAUUUUUGCAGAUUCAUGAAAAAUACCAAAAAAAGAAACAUUCUGGUAAAUUGAAGCUGAAAUAAGGUCAAGAGCAAAGCAUAAGGUGAUCAAUAUUGAAACAAGUCUCUGAAUCUAUGGAAAUCAAUAUCCCGACAUGAUUAUAUUUGUCAGUUUAUUCUAAAUGUCGACUAAUGGAUGCUUGUAUUUCUUCUAGCGUUCGCCCCUUGGUCUCUGCCACCAGCUUUGCGAUGAAUAUGAUCGCUACCCCAGAAAUGCUUGAAAAUAUGAAGAAUAUUCCUGUAAUAGUGUAAUGAUAAAUGGUUUUAGAAUGAUAACUCCUGUGGAAGAAAUUCAUAUAUGUCAUAAUCGUGAUUAAGUUAUUGUUAUA